CAGCCGCGGAGGAGGAGGCUGCCAGCCGAGGACGGUGGCCGAUUCCCGGAGAGGAUUUUCUGUCGUCGUCGUCGCCUCAAUAGAAUCAGCACAUGCUGGUGGCGAACGAAGACGAAGCGUAAAGCGUCAUAAAAAACCAUGAUGCCCGCUCCUCCAGAAAAUCCUCCGCCGGGCCUGUGAGCGCGUCGGCAGGUUUCCACCGGUGAGGAGCGGACCCUCCGCUGUCUCCAGUCCGUCCUGACCGACCCGCGACACCGCCAGGCGAUGACAGCGGCUCCGGUCACUCCGCAGGUGAUGAGAGACCGGCUGCUACAGGCCAUCGACGGCCAGAGCAAUCAGAUAUGCAACAUGGUGGUAGUUAUGGAGGUUAUCUCUUUUUUGGAGAAACAUCCCAUCACCAAAGAAGCACUGGAGGAAACCCGUCUCGGCAAGCUCAUCAACGAUGUCCGGAAGAAGACCAAGAACGAGGACCUUGCAAAAAGAGCCAAGAAGCUGCUGCGAAACUGGCAGAAGCUAAUUGAGCCAGGGAAGGGUGAGGUGUUGUCCAAAGAACGCACAGGUGCAUCAUGGUCUUCCAAUGGCGGUGCUCAUCCCUGCAUCUCUGCACCAGCUGCCAGCACAACAUCAGGUAAAACAGGCCCAGAGUUGAAGAACAGAACUGACUUUAACAACUGCUUCUCCCCACGAUUGGAAAAACCAGGAAACAGGAAACGUAAGGGUGACCAGAAGGAGGGACAGAUUUUACCAGCCAAGAAAUCCAAAACGACCCUUAAUGAUAAAAUACAAAACUCCAAACAGCUGCAAACCAAUGGAACUGGCAGCAGCUCUGAAUUUUUUACGGAUUCUCGUGCAUGUCAGCCUAUAGACAGGGAGAUUUCUGAGCCUUUGGAAAAUGACAGGCCAAAUAAAAUCCCUGUCAAUGCCGUAAAACCUCAUCCAAGUUCACUGGGAUACAGCAAACCUCUUGGCACUUCUUUGUCAAAAGCAUCAGUUCUGCAGCAGCAAGAGAGUAAGGAGCAAGUUGCCUCUGGGGGUCAGUAUCGACCCAGAAGCCCCCGCUGUUCCUUGCACAGUCCUCAAACUCCAAAGCAGGAAGCUGUUGUCAGACAAACCACACAAGCACAGAGUGGGAGUCUUUUGAGUCCCACUGUGAGGUCUGGGUCUGUGGAUACUUUUGUGCUGGGGCCUUCUACUCAGCCUUUAAAUGUUGGUGUACAGGGUUUUCACAAUGAUAGUUUGAGGUCUUCAAGUUUGGACUGUCAAGGCAGGCCUCCUGAUACAUCUCUCCCCCACCCAACCGACUCCUCCUUCAAUGAUAGGGUCAGUGCUGAAGACGAUGGUUCUUUAAGCAAUACAGGGAAAAGGAAAAGACAGAAACACAAGUCUAAAGACUAUGGACAGGCUGUUGAAGAUGGCAGUAAACCGGUCAGGUUAAAAGAUAGGAGACUCACGUUUGACCCCGUGACAGGGCAGAUCAAGCCCUCCUCCCAUAAGGAGCUCUGCCAGGAGAAGGAGGCUAAACUUGUGCACAGACUUGAACCUCAGUGGCCAGAACAGCCGAAGCAAAAUCCGCCAGUCCCUCGCAGUCCCUUCCAGCAGACAGACUGGAAAGAGCUGUCGAGAAGCGAAAUUAUCCAGUCUUACCUUAGCCAGCAAAGCAACGUGCUGACAUCGUCGGGCACCCAUGCUCCUGGUGCACAUUUUUUCAUGACAGAGUUCUUGAAAAAAGAGGAACACAGAAGCAAAGAAACCAAGAAGACACUCAUGUUAGCACCAGAACGACCGGCCAAGGAUUUACCAGGAGUUAGCAGAGCGAUCAACAACGAAGACCUCAGCAGAUUACAUGCACAGCAGUGGUCCGGGGUUAACGGCUGCUAUGACACAAAGGGUACCUGGUACGACUGGACAGAGUGCAUCUCCUUAGACCCACAUGGAGAUGAGAGCAGGUUGAACAUCCUGCCAUAUGUCUGUCUGGACUAAAACCAAGGUCAGGAAUCUGACUUGAAAGCUGGCGUCAUCGUACAGGGUAGCGGCUAAGGGUUUGGGAAGCACUUCAGUUGGAGUAUGCUGCUGUUUUGCACUGUAGUAAAAAAUGGAAUAAAUAUGCUGCCUGUUUGUGAUUGUUAGAGCACAGGGGGUGUAAUCAGUGUUUUUAUGAGUUUGUGAAUGUUGUGUUAGGACAGCAUGAAGAGAUAUGGAUUUAUAUCAGCUGCCCAUUUAGUUGUUGUUAUUUUCUGUACAGAUUGAGUUUCCAAAUCCUGUCGUUCUUUGUAUCAGAGAGGACUAGCACAUCAUACUGCGGAGGUGCAUUCUGCUCAUCCAAGUGAGUCCACAUGCCUUGUGGAAUGUGACAGAAUUUUCUGCAUUUAUCACGUUUAUUUCAUAGUGCAGUUUUUCUUUUUCAUUUCAAAGUUAUUUUAAAAAUGUUGGUGAAAUAAAUCUUAAAGUAGCUACCUUCAUAUCCAAAGGAAUGAACAAUUGUCAGUGCUAUUAAAAAUAUUUCACCAUUUAUAGCCACCUCUCCCCCCAUUGCAUGAGUGCAGAAAGAGUAACUCACAACUCAGUUUUUAAAACAUUUCACUUUUACUUUGGUCGCUGUAGAAAAAGUGACAUGAAACUGACAGAUCCGACUGCAGAAAGGAAAACUGACAAAGAAAUGUGACUGUCAUGUAUAAUAUUGAUUAACAUGUAUGUACAUGUGUAGAUGAUACUGAAUCACGUUUUUUCAUUUACAAUUUGGUCAGUGAUGCAGCAAUGACAUUCCAGACUUUCCCUGCUGAAACACCAACCUACCUUACACAGGAAAUGUCUCAAAUGACACAUUUUGAUAAUGUGAACUAAUAUUUUAUACUUGCCUUUCCCUUUACUGUAUAUUUAGCUUUUAAAAUAUGAAUUAAAAUGGCAACAGGAGCUUAUGCAACUAGCUUGCAUCUUUGUACUGUCAGGAAGAACUUCAAUACAUAUUGACAUGCUGGAUAAAGUACUUACUAUCAUUCCUUUUAGAUAUUGUUUGCCUUAUGGAAACCUGUGUUUCCCUUAAGACAGAGCCUUAGUGAAUGUACAGGAAUUAGCCUUUUGUGUUCAGUCGAAUGCAGAAGAGAACAUAUUUGCUACUUAGUCCUUUUAAAUGGACGUGUUGAUAUCUGUUAAUAAAAAUAAGGAUCCGUGA